AUGCCCUUUUGGCUCAAGCCUGUCUCUGCCAGGGCCGUUCGUAAAAUCGUUCGCGGCGGAAGCUUGGCAAUGAAAGUGAAACGGGCACGAAACGAGAGAGUCUUGGCAGAGAGCGAGAGAGAGAGAGAGAGAGAGGACAGAACUCUGUACACCAUCUCAGCCCAGAGGCUGGUGGGAUUCGACGCUGAGCUGGCCCGUAUCCGUAAAAGAUACAGCCAGCCCCGAGCGGCGACUCUCACGCGCGCCGUCCGGGCGCGCGCGGGCCACCAUCGCGCUCUCAGACUGCGCCAGAAGCGGUACACGACGAGGGUGUCGGCGACGCGAGCUCGGCCGUCCUUCGCGGAGGGCACGGGCGCGACCGACGUCUCGCACUGGCCCGACCUCAACACGAGCUUGCUGUGCGUCUCGGCGCUUGAGAAGCCCGCGCUCUCCAUCGGCGAGUGGGCGGCGGAGCGGGACCGGUGUUCAGAUCCCGCCUACCGGAGCCCGCAUUUCAUCAUGCGCGAGGGCUUCUGGGAGAACACGGACCGUCUGAAGGAUGCCGUGUCUGUUCACCUGGGGCGGCAGGUGCGGCGGCUCUCCAGGCUUCCUGGUGGCCGCCUGCACGCUUUCCGGCUUGUGCUCCUGACCCGGUUCUUGUCGUCCCCGCGGGAUGCGAUGGGACCGAUGGCCCAAGCCUGCGCGGGCGCCAUUGGCAACCUGCGUUCCUUCGUCCUGGACGCCCCCACUGGAUGCAAACGGCAUACAUACCACAUGGUGUUCAGCAGGGUGGAGGUCGCGGCUGUCUUGGACCCGAUCGCGCGGGCGCUCGCCCGACGAAGCUCCGCGAAGGACU